UUUCCAAAAGAGUGGCCUUCCUGAUGUGGUGAUGUGUGUAGAUGGAACACACAUCAAAAUAAAAAAACCUAAGCUGCGGCCAUUGCAGUAUAUGAACCGAAAAAAAUUUACAGCAUAAAUGCUAUGAUAGUGUGCGAUCAUAAAAACCGAAUUCGAGCAAUCGAUGCCCGGUUUGCUGGGUCCCAUCAUGACGCACACAUUUGGAGGGUUAGUCCAAUAAGCAAGCAUUUUAUGGAUCGACACAGAAAUGGAUUCAACGAUAAAUUGCUAGGAGAUGCAGGUUAUCCGGUAGCAGACUGGCUGAUUAAGCCUUACAGGGAUCCAGAUUCAGGUACUUUGUAG